AGGCGCCUUUAGCCUUACCGUACGGAAUGUCUUAGAUCCAAUUGAAUUUCAUUCCCAAUUCCCAAUUCUUUGAAAUUACAACAAGUCGAUCGUGAUUUUGUUCGUGUACAUGGCAUGUGGCUAUGAAAUCAACUGAAAUCGUUCGUCCCUGUUAAUCCUCCUUGCACUACGGUUGGGACUUUUAUAUUCAUCAUGGCAUCACCUUGGGCUGGAGCCCUUUCAUUCUCAGCCUGCCGCCGUUGCAUCCAGUCAUUGGACCUGGUUACCCUGAGGAGUUCUACAGUCUGCCCUCAAUUGAGCAUACAUCCACCCCGAGUCCACCAGCGAAUCCCUUUAUACCGUUAUGCAACGGCCUCCACCCCUCGGUCCUCGACUGCUCUCCCGCAUCUCGCCGAAGGCUACAUCCUCGAUGAAGCCAUUGCCACCCUUCGUGUGCACCUUAUCAACACCGAGGGUCGGGUAGAUCCUCAAGCACAUUCCCUUUCAAGUCUCCUCCGCAGUAUCGACCGGACCACCGAACAUGUCAUUCAAUUACGCGGCGCGUCCUCAGGAGACCCGGGCGAGGAUGGGCUGAGCCUGCCUUUGGUCAAAGUCGUGACGGCACAGGAACUAUUGGAGAGGCUUCGCGACAAGGAGAUGAAGCAGAAGGCUUCAAAGCGGACACUCUUGUCUUCAAAGACCCUCGAAAUCUCAUGGCAGAUCUCGGAAUCGGAUCUCGAUCACCGAUGCAAGAAGCUUCAAGAGUUCCUUGAGGAGGGCAGGAAAGUAGAGGUAAUAAUUCAGAGGAGACGUACAAAUCGGCGCCGCGCACAGCAGCCUUCGCUCGACAGAAGGGUGGAGAUCGUCGACCGCCUCAAGUCCAUCCUAUCCGAAGUCCCUGGCUCAGCAGAAUCCAAACCUAUGGAUGUAAAAAAACCUGGUCUUCAGGAUGAAACAGCAACUCUCUUCUUUGAGGGCCAUAAGCUUGAGAAAGAAAGUGAAGCAGGUCCGGCGAAGGAGUCGGGGAUAACCGCGGAGGAUAUUGAAAGAAAGAAGAAAGCGGAGGCAAAACGCAGGAGGAAAGAGGAGGAGAAAGCAAACCGCGCCGCCGAAGAAGCGGAGUUGGAGCAUAUUCAGCGUAUGGAGCGGCCAAGGCCGAAUUGGCAGCGACAGAAGCCAAAUCGGGGACGGCCAGGCUUCAAUAGGGCCAAAUAUUGAACCACCGGUAGUACAUGAUGUUCGCUACCUUCCACGUCCUUAUCUACCUCUUCCGAAGCUAGUUCCCACCAGCAGAGGGUCUGG